AUGGCAAGAAAAGGAGGCUCGUGGACCAAGGUCGUCCUGUUCAUCUCCUUGUACGUCUCGCUCUUAGAGUCGCUCAUCGAAUGGGCUUUGAUCCUCUAUCUGUAUGGUCACCGACAGGUGGACUCGAAGAUGACUCCGAGUUUGAUUCUGGCUCUGAUUGCGUCGUUUCUCACCGUACCUCUGGUGGUACUCCAUAGCAUUCUAGCCUGGCAGUACAAUCGUGUCUGCGGAUUUGGAAGCCAAAAAGCCAUUCUGAACACUGCAUGUACGUAUCUGCUACGAUUGACCAUUAUCGUCUGGCUGGCUGCCAGUGUUGCCGGUCUCGUGGUGGUCUCGCAGAAAGUCUCCUGUCUCCCGGAUACCACCGAUAUCAACAACAACAACAGUUUCUGGAAAGUCGGCGUCAGUUGCGCUCUUCAUCGUGCGGUCGUCAUCGUCUCCGUUCUCGCCUUCGUCACGGUGUGUCUGUACUUCUGUUCGCGGGAACUCAGUCCACGUCCGUACGACGUGUCCCUGUGGGGAUUCUAUAUCUGUGGCUAUCACGAAGGGAGAAAGGGGAGCACUAUUCGAUCGAGUUCGACGCUCAGCGACACCCGGAAGAGUGAUCUCUUCUUCGGUCGUGUCAAUGAGGAGAAAGCAUGGCCUAUCCAACCCACGCCCAUCCACCCACGCCCACAUCUAUCCAGAUCGCUGGACAGCGAUCCAACGCACGACGACGACAUCCUCUCCGGUUCAACCAUCUCUCCCAAUGGCACGCUGAGUCGAAGAUCCCCAGGGAGAACCAGCCAUGAGAUGGAAAUUGCCUCCAUCUCGCUGUCUCGCCCGCUCACCGACGCGCGAAUCUAUGAUCCCUAUCUGCAGUGGCCGACCCAAACGACUCCGAUCGAGCUGCCGGAUGAUCGGGAUCCCCCGUCGACUCAUACAAGACAGAGGUCGAAGUCAUCGUCGUCGUCGUCGUCUUCGUCUCUGCGUCGUUUUUUCCCAAAAUCAUUCCCUCUGUCGCUGCCUCUAUCGGCUGAUCCGCAGAUCCGCGCACUAUCCAAUCCUCUUCGCGACGUUGGGAAACAAGCUCUGGAAUCGAGAAACCUACACCCAUCAAAUACUAACACUAAUAAUGUCGAAGAGCCAGAUCGAGCAGAACAAUGUCGUCGUCUUCCGCGAUCCAUUACGACGAAUUCCGCCGACGCACCGGAAGUCAUUCCUCAGCCAUCCAACACGUGCACGGCUCCUAUCCAGACUCCUAUUCAGACUCCCAUCCGUACUCCCAUCCAGACUGUAUACCACCACCCACUAAUGCAACACCCAUUGAACCGAGAACCAAGCCAUCGAGGCUCCGUGGAAGAUGAAUCCAAAUCCAAUCGACCGUUAGGUCUCCCCCGUCGUCAAAGCAUCCACGGCGAUCGAGGGCCAAUCGUCCCUUAUUUUUCCUCGUCUUCUCAGUCUCACCCUGCGUAUCCGCGAUAUACCCGCAGUCGCAGCCAGCAUAUCCCGAGUACGGCGCGAUGGGGCCUUCGUGGUCGAGGAGAACAAGAGCUGUAUCCUCGACGGAUGUGGUCGCAGCGUCGGAUCGAUCAAGAUGGUCUGCUCUAUCAGUAUCAGCAUCAACAUCCGCGCACGCGGACGCGACGAUCGCGAAGCAGUACUUACGGUGCAGGGAUGGGAUAUCUGGAUUGCAUUCGGGAAUCGGGAACGUCGGUGGACGAAGCCAGGGGGGUUUGGUGUUAG